CAUCUCUCUUGUCCACCAGAGAAGGCAAAACUAACUUACUUCGAUGUAUGUUUUCAGAACAUACCACUGGUAGUAACUUGGUUUGUCAAAUUGUUUUGGCUGUCGGUGGGCUGUGUGCCUAAGUAAGUGUAGAGAAGAGAAGUUCGAGACCAGCUUAUCUUUAAUGAUUCGUGCUAUGUUUCCGUCCCUACGGCAGUUGCCUCUCCGUGAAAAACGUGCCACUUUAUUGGCAUUCAGUUGUGAGAAGUUUUGAAUAUGACUGUCAAGGAAAGUAAUGAAGAGAAGCAGAAGCCCUCGCCAAGCGAGGCGAAAGAGCUCGUGUCUCCUGCCUCAGCCAAAGAUGUUGUACUCUCAAAUGAAGACGAGUCAGAGUCAGCGGACGCAGAGCCUCCGUUCCCUGUGCAGCUCCUCGAGGAGCUCGAGGAAAUGGUGCAGCGUGUCAAAUGGGUCGUCCCGGUUCAGCCAGAUGCUCAAUUGCAGGAGCUUAUGCGGGCCGCCACCGAGCUUGCCAAGAAAGGACUGGACACGAAGAGUAGUGCAUGCCAACGGUUUUUUCGCGACGGCUUGACAAGUUCUUUCAACAAGAUUCUCACAGAUGAUGCCGUCACUGGCUGGAAGCCAGAGAUUCAGCGUUAUAUCUACUACAAUUGUAAGGAUUUGGUUGAGCUGUGUGCCGCCAAGAUCAAGGAUAAUUGGAUCAUUUUAUUAGACCUCCUGGCCAUGGUCCUCAAUCCCAACAUCAAGUUCCAUUCACACAACUAUGGCAAGCCGUCUGAGACCGUUCCCUUGGAUAAGGCACCGACUGUUGAGGUUGUGUAUGCCAGGCCUGACCCGAGAAUGACACGGGGAUAUUUGAUUGAUUCAAUCAAUCACUUUGGAAAUCUGAAUGGAUUUAUUGACUUGCGAGACCAUCUUUGCGAGACUGGCGAGAACCUGUCAGUGUCGACCAUUGCCGCCUGUAUACGGCCAUUUGGUCACUGCGCCGAGUACUUGACUGAGGAGUGCGUUCAAGAGUUUCUCAUGCCAUGUGUGGAUCGGAUUGUGGACUUCCUGGAUGGCUUAUCUGAUGCUGACCUGAAGAAAGAGUCGAAGAACGAAGCACGCACCGACACCUUUUCUCAAAUCAUUCGGUCAUGUCGCAACCUUUGCCUUCGCUGUCCGGCAAGAGAGGGUAUGCCACAGCGGUUGGAGGAAGUAUGUCUGCAGCUGUACCUCAGGCUGCUGCAAACUUCCUCGUUCAACGGCAAGAUGAAUGCGAUCAAUGAGAUCAAUAAGAUGAUCAACAGCCUGUCAGGCUAUCGUCAUCAAGACUACUCGGAUUGGCUCACCUCAGCACGUCUGGCUGAGUGGAUUCAGACAAGGGAUGUCUUGUCCAUUCUGCUGCGUGACAAUCUGCAUCAGCCGCAGUACGUUGAGAAGCUGGAGAGGAUUGUGCGCUACGUCAUCAAGGAGAAGAUGAUGUCAUUGAAAGACCUGGACAACAUCUGGGCAGCGCAGGCUGGCAAGCAUGAAGCCAUUGUAAAGAACGUCCAUGACUUGUUGGCCCAUCUCGCGUGGGAUUUCUCAGCGGAACAGUUGGAUCAUCUCUUUCAGUGCUUUCAGGCAUCUUGGGUCAGUGCAUCCAAGAAAGGCCGUGAAAAACUGCUGGAACUGAUACGCAGGUUGGCCGAAGACGACAAAGAAGGAAUGAUGGCUGGCAAAGUGCUGAAGCUACUUUGGAACCUGGCCCACGAUGAGGACUGCCCACCAGAAAUAAUGGACCAGGCCCUAUCGUCACUGGUCAAGAUCUUGGACUACAGUUGUUCACAGGAGUCUGAGCAGCAGAAAAUGGGGUGGAUCAUGGACUGCGUGGGUGAACUGCGCUCUAACCAGUGGGUCCUACCGGCUUUGAAACUGAUCAAGGACAUCAGUAGUGUGUUCCCACCGCCACCAGCUGGCAUGUCUCAGCCACGCACCACCGUGCGUCAUAACGUAUACCGCAACGAGGCUCUCUCGACGGUCAACACCGACGCUGACCUGUUGACGCUGGUGUGCAACAACUUGUGCCAGUACAUGGAGAGUGUUCGAGUUCGUGUUGGAGUCAAAGUGGACGAGUUGGACCCAGAUGUGUACAGUCCCGACGGGCGGUACACUCAUGUCGCACACUUGCAGGAGCGGCUCAACUUCAUUCGCUAUGUUUUGCGUGAUGGACAGCUGUGGCUCGUUGGACGCCAAGCUCAGCAGAUUUGGAAAUGCCUUGCUGAAAAUGCCGUCUUCCCAGCCGAUCGAGGCAUUUGCUUCCGGUGGUUUUCAAAGCUUCUGGGUGACGAGCCAGAUCUAGACCCCGAGAGCACGUGUGGCUUUAUGGAGGAGAACGUUCUGAAGUUGGAUCCAUCCGUCUUGACAGAGGCAGGCUUGAAGUGUUUUGAGCGGUUCUUCAGGGUGGUAAACCAGAACCUCCGACGCAUGACGAUGAAGAGGCGGCGAUUCAUUACGGAGACCAUGGACUUGAUUGGGCUCGAUUAUCUGUGGCAGGUGAUACUGCAUGGCCCAGAUGAGGUGGUUAGUCAAGCUAUUCACUUGCUCAUGGAGAGCGUGACGAAUCUGGGCACGGCACUACUGCAGGAUAUGGCUGCUCAGCAGAAGCCAUUCCUCGCCAAAUGCAUGGAGACAUUGAAUAGUAGCUUUGACCAGUUGCAGUCGGCAAAGAAAGCUGGCAAGUCCACGCCCGAGGUAGAGAUGGUGCACGUCACACACAUGGUGAGGUGCCUGACGCUGCUGAAGGAGUUCAUCGGCGAGUGUGACAGCUCUCACCGGCACGAGAGGACGAUACCUCUGCACAGCAGAGCGGUACGCGGUCGGCAGCUCACCUUCAUCAUCCGCUCCCCAUCGGCAGCUCACCACCAGGUCAUUGAAGACUUUGAGAUCACAACGCACACCAAUGAGCUGAUUGCGUCAGUGCGCAGAAAAAUACUUGCAAAACUGAAGAUGGUGAACGUGAUUUAUCAAGUCGACCUGUUCAUUGGUAAUGAGCUUGUGACGUCGGCUGAUGAUAAGAAGUUGGUGUUUAGCUUGCCGCUGCGUGACCGAUCCAUAAUCACGGCAAAGCCUAUCCAAUCUACCCUGUCUUCAUCCAAUCUUGCGUCCACCACCAGCACCAUUCCAUCUUCACCGGACUCCUCUUCGGAAGACUCAAACGGCUCUGGGGGUGUCACCAGCAAGGGUCCCAAUACGCAGCUCGAGCAGCAGUUGCCAGGAGUUAUCAUUUCCCAGAACGCAGCCCUGUGCAACUUCUUGAUUUCGUUGGCUGACUACGGUAUCGCCAACAACCACCCGGCUCUCCGCGAUAGUGUGCGUAACCUACUCAAGAUCAUGCCCUCUGAUACUAACCGUGUGAUGACCAUCCGUAUGUUGUGCAAUACUGAUGGCGCAUCAGCUCACUCUGAGGGCAAAUUCAACUCCCUGUUCUUCAGUAAUGGACCUGCCAAGGCCCUGUACAAUCUGGAGAUUACUUUGUCACUUUUGAUGCCAUCACAUUACACUUCUGACAAGGACCUCUUGGAUUUCCAGGAGCACUUCAUUGCCGGUGGUGGUAUCGCCUGUAUGCUACGCCUACUGAACGGCCGAGAUAAGUGUCUGGUCAACGCUGACCCUGUCACUAGAAGAUCAUGCUUUCAGGCUAUACUGAAAAUCUGCAAGUUCAUGCUGACAGUGGUCGCAUAUGCUCGUCUUAGCUUGGCCAAUCAGCACAGCGCCAACGAAGCUGUAGAUGCUGAGGGCAAUGUUGUGGGUAAUGCUGAGCCAGCAGUGGCGCCGCUCAGCCCCGCUGCUGUCCUGGAGACCAGCGUACUGCAGGCUGCACUGGACGUAACACCUAAUCCGGCGUCCGAGUACUGGAUGCGCACCAUUGCCAAGCGACUCGGCACGAUCUGCGGCAAACAGGCUGGUGAUCACAACCCCAGCGAGACUGCCAUGAAUAGUGUCGUACGAAUGGUGUGGGCUGCGGCAGCCGGGUCGGUUCACCUCUGCAUUGAACAAGAUGAAGAUAUCCAUGGCGUAUUCGUCUCGGGCGUGCCAGCUAAGGCGGUUGCUGACCUAGACGAUGUGAAUGUUGCCAAGGAAGGUCUGGAGGUUCUCACGCUGUGUGCUGCGCUGAACCCGGAUGUAUUCUUCCAAUGCAUGCCGACCAGCAAGAUGUGGCAGCAGUUCAUUAGUGACGUGCUUUUCCUAUGCCGGCCAAGAUCCAUUCGUAGUGUUGCGUCCGAUCAGCUGCAGCUCAUGGCAACGCAGUGCUCAGCUCGGCGUGAACCGCUCAUGGCUCUCAUUGAUUACCUCUUCCAACUUCUGUCUACGACAGCUAACGAACAUGCAACGUUUGCACUGCAGUACUUCACCCUGCUGUGCAGGCUGUUGAAUGUUGCUGGUGCUCGUAAAUACCUGUCCUCGGAGAAUGUCGCAGCCUGGGUAGCUCAGGAAUUGGACUGGUUGACCAGUGCAAAGACACGCAUGAGUAGAGCGGGCGAAGAGCCUCCGACUCCUCUCCUGGAAGGUCACCUUGGCAUAACGUCCGAACUGAUUAGUCUACAAACUCCUGAAGUCAAAUUUAAGAUUGGCUCUGACCCGAACGGAAUUAAACUUAUUGAGACUAUAAUCUUCAACUUUCUCUUCGCUUCCUCCAAGCUGGUUCUUGAAGCUGAGGGUAGAGAAAGUAAUGGUGACAAGGCUGUUGAUCAGUCUCGACCAGUUUGCUCCACGUCUCAGUCGCAGACUGCAGCAUUUGAUCUUCUAGUAGUGUUGACAACAGGGUGCAAGGAGAACUUGCACAUGCUUUGUGACCUGCUCACACGCCUCUUCUACGCUGACUCACCUGGAUUGAGUGAGUGGGAAUACUUACCCCCGGUAGGACCCCGGCCACUGCGUGGAUUUGUUGGUCUGAAGAAUGCUGGUGCCACGUGCUAUAUGAACUCAGUUCUACAGUCGUUAUUCAUGAUUCCACCCAUUCGCAAUUGCAUCAUCCGGGCAAACAACGCUGGCUGGGAUGAUCAAGAUGAGCAGAUGACCAAGUCAACGAAGGAGCAGGAGCAGGUCAUUCCGUACAGCAACGAAGUGUUGGAGAAAUCCGCAACGCCUCCGGACUCGCCGGGAGGCUCGCGAAAGGACUACAACACGUCCGUGCUGCGCCACGUGCAGCACAUCUUUGGCCAUCUGCUGGGCAGCCAGUUGCAGUUCCACACGCCACAAGGGUUCUGGAAGACCUUCCGCUUGUGGGGAGAAGCAGUCAACCUGCGAGAGCAACAUGAUGCGCUAGAGUUCUUCAACAGUCUUGUAGACAGUAUCGAUGAAGCACUGAAGACUCUCGGCCAUCGUCCAGCCGUAGUUGACACGCUAGGUGGAUCAUUUGCUGAUCAGAAGAUCUGCAAGGGCUGUCCUCAUCGAUAUGCCCGUGAGGAGCCGUUCACAUCGCUGAAUGUUGAUGUACGUAAUCACCAGCACCUUCUUGAGUCCCUGGAGCAGUACGUGAAGGGUGACUUACUGGAGGGUGCCAAUGCUUAUCAUUGUGAGAAGUGUGACAAGAAAGUGGACACUGUCAAGCGACUCUGCAUCAAGAAGCUGCCGCAGGUUCUUGCUAUUCAGCUGAAGCGCUUUGACUACGACUGGGAAAGAGAGUGUGCGGUAAAGUUCAACGACUACUUUGAGUUCCCGCGCGAAUUCGACAUGGAGCCAUUCACCGUGCAAGGUCUUGCCAAGGUAGAAGGGGAGGAGAUUCGUUGUGAAGUCGCCAAUGGUGAUAAGGCAGCGGAUUCGUCCGAGCCUGCAGGUCCGCCAUGCACUCGCUACCGCCUGGCUGGUCUCAUUGUACACAGUGGUCAGGCCAGCGGUGGGCACUACUAUGCUUUCAUCCUGCAGCGUACACCAGACGGGCAACCUGAUCGAUGGUAUCGCUUCGACGACAAUGAGGUGACAGAGUGCAAGAUGGAAGACGAGGAGGAGAUGAAAGCGCAGUGCUUUGGUGGCGAGUACAUGGCCGACGUCUUUGAUCACAUGACCAAGCGGAUGGCGUAUCGGAGACAGAAGAGAUGGUGGAACGCUUAUAUUCUCUUUUAUGAGCGUGAAGAUGCCCCCAUUACAGUACAGAAAGAUUGGCUUGCACCCGGAGUAGCAUUGAGUGAGCAGUGUGCACCGCAGCACAUCCAGAUGUCUGUGCAGCGCGAGAACCUACAUUACAGCCACCUGCGCAUGCACUUUUGCAGCGAGUACUUCCAGUUUAUCAAGAAGCUGGUUCUGGCAAACUCACCGGCGCGGAUGAGAGCAAUGGCCAUGGCUGAAAGUGAAGAGGUGCCGAUGCUGUGCAUUCAGCUGGCGUCAGCGUUUCUCUUCAGUGUUGGCUUGCGCAGCAAGAAGUCACUCCGUGGUCCGGCUAUGGAAUGGUAUGAUUGCUUGCAAGCCUUGCUAGUUGCCAGUGCAGCGUGUCGGAGAUGGUUUGCUGCCAAUGUGCUGUUCAAGGAACCAGAGCGUUUCUCGCAGUAUCUGCUCGAGUGUCCGAGUGCCGAGGUUCGCACUGCUUUUUGCAAGCUCCUUGUAAUGCUAACGGAGGCAUCUACGCCCGAGGAUAUGGUCGUGCUACCAGCUGAAGUCAAGAAUGUUACGCCUGCCAGCUCUGACAUAAUUCAAGCGGUUGGCAGUGAGCCAGUGGUGAUCAGUGAUGCAAUCAUUCGCUCAGUUCUGAGUAUGCUGCGUCACCAAGUUGUCGACCACAGCAAGCAUGUCCACCAGUACUUCCAGUUCUUCACCUACUAUGGCAACAUGGGACUUACACAGCGUAAACACCUGAUGACAUUCGAUGUACCGGCUGCCUUGAUCACCUCAUGCCUCGAGCUGGGUGCACGCGUCCAGUAUAUUGACCUCAGCAAGCUUCACGCGGUUGUGGCGCACCUCUUCCCUUGCUAUGAUGUUACUCACCUGCAACGCUCUGCCAAAGAGGGUUGCCCUGUGAUGGCCAACCCGCUGGCUGACCCAGACAUGCAGUUGCCCAUGCCGAAAGCAAUGGAAACUGACUUGUUUUCAAAGAACAGGUAUCUGAAGAGGCUUAUCGAAGAAGGCUCAUCCUCUGAUGAAGUCAUCAAGCUUCUGCAGUUCUUGUGCUGGGAAAAUCCAACUUUCUCCCAUGCAGUUCUGACUGAGAUCUUGCUCCAGCUGUCCUAUGUGUAUACACACGAGAUGAAGGCCUACAUGGAUUUGGCGAUGCAUAUGAUGCUCAUGAAUGACUCAUGGCAGGUGGCUCGUAUCACCAAUGUUAUGAAGGGAUUCAGCUCUCCAAGCGACCGUUCUCUAGGUUUGUUCUCCGUCAUACAGCACAACAAGACUCACUAUCAGAAGCGUGCUUACCUGUGCCUGAAGUGCUGUGUCACGUUGUUCACCACGUGCCCAGUGGCUGUUCAACUCUUUGAAACGGACUUGGCUAUUCGCAGCCAGUACACUAUGGCGAUGGAAUGGCUGAAUGAGGAGAUGAGUCACGCUCAUGGAGCUUACACCCAGUGGGCAACUGGACAAUCUAACGAGGCUGGCAAUGGGUAUUAUCUGGAGCGCUCAAACAGUGCACGGACCACGCUUGCCAAAGGGCUGGAGUGCUUACCAGCUGGUGAAGAGCAGCUGACAGAUGAAGCCGAUACAAGUGCUGACAUCUCUGAGGUGAUCCCUUCAUCACCGCUUCGCCAGGACUCUAACGAUGUGAUCGGCAGUGGUGAGAACGACAGCGAAGGGGAGAUGAUCAUUCGCGAUGAUGUUGAUGAUGCCCUUAAAGACGGAGGUACUAUCGAAGACCUCCUGCGCAGAUACACGGCGUUGUCUGUAAGAAACUUUACUUCUGUCAAGAGCAGUAGAGGAGGAGAUGGCGAGACUGAAGAUCUGUACGAUUACUACGAGGAGGAGGAGGAGGAAGUCACAGGCACUGACGACGAGGAAGAGGACACUGGCAAUGGCGAGGAAGAGGAAGGCACUGACGAUGGCGAUAAUCAAGUUGGCACUGGCAUUGACUCAAACGGCAUUGACGCAAACGGCGAUGACUCAAACGGCCUAGACGACUUCAUUGAUGCUAUGAAUAAGAUAAGACCGACAGUAACAGCAAAACUCAACGCCUGGCACGGGAGCGUCAACAGUACUAGUAGUGGAAGCGUGGCUUCUUCUUGCAAGCCAAAGCCCUCCAGCCCUGCGUCCAGAAGGUGGAGAGUUGCGGAGGCACGAGAACUCUCCGUUUUGAAAGGCCGUGGGAAGAGUCCAGAAUCUGAUAAAGAUAGCACGCGGCGCGAACAUGCACCCGAACGCCCGGCGUUCAUCAUUAGAGAACCUAGACAACCAGAAGGAAUACCUGCAUUCCCCACUCUUCGGGCUUACAGGCAUGCCAGGAUGGCAGACCAGGGUGACUAUUCGACGCCACUGCCAGUAAUUAAUGCCCAUAGUCGAAUUCCCGCCGUGCAUCGCUCGUAUGACGAGAGCCCCAGGCAGGCGACAGUAUCACCGAGCUGCGCGGUGAUUGAGGAGACUAACGGCUGCCAUCGCCACCACGAUGCAUCGCCGCCUGAACUGGUGUCCAGCAAUGACUCUGAGUGACUGUGUUGUGCCACUGCUGUCUCCAAUUGACACUACUCCACAGUCGUUCGUCGAUAGCAAGGAAUCGGAGGAGAAUGGAAGAAAUGUACGCUAGCCACCGGCACCGCUUUAUCCUGUGCUCUCUCUCUCUCUCUCUCUCUCUCUCUCUCUCUCUCUCUCUCUCUCUCUCUCUCCCUCUCCCUCUCUCUCUCUCCCUUCUCUCUCUCUCUCUCUCUCUCUCUCUCUCUCUCUCUCUCUCUCUCUCUCUCUCUCUCUCUCUCUCUCUCUCUCUCUCUCUCUCAGGCCCAUAUUUCUUCGUGCGGUGCCCUGGAUUUUAUGUGUUGUGUGCCGUGGCGGCUUAGUGUGACUGCUGCUGCUGCUGGUCAGAGAUGGGUGUGAAAUGGUGUGUCAGGUAAGCCUGGCCGCUAAUACUGCCGCCCGACGCUCACUGGCUUUGUACCGGUUCUGCCCCCCCCCCCCCAUGCUGUGUCUGCUUGCCUUGCGCCAUGUCCACCCUAGUUACACAGCCGCACAGUGGGCACACACAGGCGUGCACAGGCGUCCCUUUAGCAGCUGUCACUGCAGCUUGCUUGCCGCCGUCACCGCAACUUUGGUCUAUUUUGUUCUCCGGUGAGUCAUCGGUGGACAUUGUUUUAGUUUUGUCAUUUUUUGAAGUUGCUUACAUGACAAACGCUGCUGCAUAUUGCCCCUUUCCCCUACCUACAAGUAGUUGUGCACACACAUACACACACGCACACUCAUACGUAUACUUUCUCAGCUGCCCGCCGUGUGUCUAUGCAACGGAGCUGCAGUGCCGGCAGUGGCGGCGCACAACGCUUCUCCCCUAGUCCUUGUACGUUUCCUUCGCAUGUGUUCUUACCAUUUUCUUGUUCGUUUUAUUCUAGGGUGAGAUGUUGUUUGCUGCUCCAUGCGCGCGCGCGUACAGUAACAAUGCCAGCCAUUAGUGGGUGCAGGCAUUGUGCAUGCUGUGCAUCGCUCUGGUCGUCAUAUCUGAUCAGUUGUUGUUGUUUGUUCAGCCGGGGCUCUGGGUCAUGCUGCCAUGACUUCUUACUUGUCGUCCCACAUCAGCCCCCCCCCCCCCCCUUCUUCCCUAGCUCAUAUGUACAUUUUAUCAUCCACUAUCUUAUGCCAUUUCUGUGGAACUGUUGCUCGUCCUGUUAUUCGUUGCUUCGCUUGCUUGCAGCACCUACUAUGUGUAUUUUAUUAUAACCCAUGACUCCCCUUGUGCCAUUUUUCGGUUACUUUUUUUUAACCCAACUGCUUGUACAAAAUCAUACUGAUGCGAGUCUCUUGUUGGCGGUCCCAUGCAUGCAGCAGGGCGACUGCAGUUUUACUUCCUACCACUACUACCCUGUUAUAACCAAGCAUUCUCUAGCUCUUAUGUUGCUCUAGAUCUGUCGUCACUGACGCCUGCUGCCAGGUGCAGGUUUCCUUGCUUCCCUUAUCUUCUUCUUCUUGUCAUAUAUUUCCCCGUGGACUUGUUUUCUUGCCAUCGGUGUUGGCGUUGUUCCGUCAUCUUAAAUCUAGUAGUUCUAUUUAGCUGUUGAAGCACGCUGUCUGCUCGUGUCGACAUGUUUAUGUGUUUUUAUCGCGUGGAUUUAGUCUGUUUUUGGUCCGUUCAAGAGCGUUGUUCUGGCUCUAGUGCGAGCAGGCCAUGACCACCAUUACACAUGCUUGUCUCCCGUCUCAUUUCUUGGCCAAACCGAAAACAAUACUUUUAAAAUAUACAA